AUGCCAUCCCUCCUCGCUAUCACCAUUCAAUCUGCACUGCUCAAAGCAGUCGCCAACAUCACCGCUCAAAUCAUUAACCAGCGGGAUCUCGCAGUAACGGUUUCAGUUGAUUGGAAUCGCGUUGUCGAGUUCGCUGUAUUCGGUGUCAUCUCUGCGCCCUUGAUCUCAUUUUGGCAACAAUUUCUCGAAGAAACAUUUCCUACACAAUUGAGCGCUGGGCCCAGCUCCCAAAAGACCGGCACUGCUCGUCUGAACUGGACGAAUAUAAUCCUCAAAUUGACAUUGGACCAAACGAUUGGACUAUUCGUAACAAAUGCUGCAUUCAUCGUGUGCACAUCGGCCACAAGGCUUCAGAGCGGCCAAUUGAUUUUACGUGAAGUUGAUGCUCGAAUAUGGGGCAUAUUGAAAGCUGGGUGGAAGAUUUGGCCUGCCAUGGCUUUGAUCAAUUUCAUCUGGGUUCCAUGGCAAUGGCGAGUGGUCGUGAAUUCGAUUGUUGGGUUUGGGUGGAAUAUUGUAUUGAGUCUUUUGUCCACACGCUGA